AUGUUUAUGUGGAGGGCAGGUAAUGAUUUGUUGGCUACAAAGAAGAAUUUAUUUGUUAGGAAGAUUAGUGAUGACUCAAUGUGUCCAAUAUGCCUCCAAGAGGAAGAAUCUGUAAUGCAUGUUCUCUGGUAUUGCCCUGCUGCCAAUGAUGUGUGGGCGGGGUUCCUAAAAAUAGUGCAGAAAUGGAAGAUACAAGAAGAAACAAAUUUACUGAGCUUAUGGGAGAGUUUGACUAAAAAGCUCCAUAAAACUGAAAUGGAAGCAAUAGCUGCCAUAAUGAGGAGUCUGUGGAUCAGAAGAAAUGUUUUCAUUUUUGAACAGAAGUUCACCAGUCCUAGCAGUGUUAUUAGAUCAGCAAAAGAUUUUUUGAAUGAGUUUCAACAGGUCCAAACUCAGUCAAUGGGACAAGGGGGAAACAACAGUGCAAUGGGAGGUGAGAAAAAAUGGCUUCCACCAGAAUAG